AUGAUAGUUAACCAUAGGAAACCGUUGCAGGGACGUUUAGCUCAGGAAUUGCAUGAAAAAGCAGGUGUUUUGAUCGGAAAGUGUGGCAUAGAUGAGGUGAAACAGUUUCAGACUUAUUUGGCUGAUUAUCAGAUUAAUAUCGUUUCGAAAGAACAUCAGAAUGCUAUUAUUUUUUCCAGACCUGACAAGGAAAAAAAGAUUUAUUUGUUUUUGCAUGAUAAUCAUUUUGAUGUAAUCACAAGCAUGCUGGCUUUUUUUGCCAGAAAACGGUACUGUCACACCUGUAAAAAACCGUAUGAUAAAACAGUGGAUCAUAUGUGUCCCAAUGCAUGUCAAUGUUGUCGUUUUCCAAAUUGUCCGGUUGUUUUGUGGGUUUCCUGUGUUGAUUGUAAUCGUAUGUUUAAGAGUCAAGAGUGUUUUGAUCGCCACAAACAAAACAUAGGGCAGGAGGGUUUGGUUUGUGCUUCUUUGGUGAAAUGUCCACGCUGUAAUAGUGUUGUCAAGCGGGGGAAAAUGAGGUCUGAUUUGCAUCACUGCAGACAUAGUAAAUGUAAAGUGUGCAAGGAAUACGUCGAUCCUAAGCAUCAAUGGUGUUACAUGCAACCCGCGAAAGAAAAGCCUACCCAUGAGGACAUGUCUGAUGACGAAGGCAGUGAUGAAAGUGGUUAUAACGAACUGUUGUUUUUUUACUUUGAGUGUCGUCAGGAGAACGGUACCCACGAACCAAAUUUAUGCGUGGUUCAGAACGAGGCUGGUGAUGAGUGGGUGUUUAAGGGGAAUAAUACACGAAACGAGUUCUGUGAAUGGUUGUUUACAAAAGAGCACCAGGGAUGUAUAGUGGUAGCCCAUAACUUCCAGGGUUAUGACGGGUAUUUUAUUCAGCAAUACCUACACGAAAAUGGUGUUAUUCCCGAGGUUAUCAUGCAUAGCGCAAAAAUCCUUUCAAUGUAUGUACCUAUGCUUAAGAUUAAAUUUAUCGAUUCUUUGAGUUUCAUCCCUAUGAGACUGGCUGAUUUUCCCAAGACCUUUUGCCUGAAUGAACUGGAGAAGGGAUAUUUUCCUCAUCUGCUUAACAAGAUGGAAAAUCAAAAUUAUAUUGGACCCCUACCAUCGAGUCCCUAUUAUUACCCCGACAGAAUGAGUUCCACAGAGAGAGAAAAGUUUAUGGAGUGGCACAAUGGUUUAAAAGAGAACAGUUAUUUGUUUAAUUUCCAAGAAGAGAUCCUAAGUUAUUGUCGGUCUGACGUGGAUAUUGUACGGCGUUGUUGCCUCGAAUUCUGUGAACUGUUCCGUGAUAUCACAAACAUUGAUCCAUUCAAGAAAUGUCUUACGAUUGCGUCUGCGUGCAAUCUUGUGUUCCGGACGAAUUUCCUUAAAGAGGGUACCAUUGCCAUUUUGCCUCCUCAUGGUUAUCAUCCAGGAACUAAACAAUCUAACAUAGCCUUAAAAUGGCUGUCUUAUACUGCUGAGAAGAACGACAUAUACAUUCAGCACAAACGCAAUGGUGGAGAGAAAACUGUUGGUCGCUAUUCCCUGGAUGGUUACGACGAGGAAACACAUACAGCGUACGAAUUUCACGGUUGUUUCUGA